AUGCACUUCAGCGCUUUCGUAGCAACAGUUAGCCUUGCCAUACUCGGCUUGGCUACCCUCACGCGCGCUGCAGCGCCCUCCAACACAGCGGCGGCGGCCAGCUCUACCGUUAAUACCGCUAGCACCGAUUUGCAAUCCGAUCUGCGUGAUUUCCAGGCGCUGAUACCACGUCGCCGCAUCGGUUAUAUUGCCGCUCGUCAUUACAUUGUCGAUGCGCGUUUUCGCAGCGCUUUGGCAUUUAUACGCAGCCCGGAAUUUUCCGCCACUUGGCAGCAGAUACGCAAUACCAGUGACUUUGCAGAGCUUCUCAGCUUAAUGCGACGCGAUGCUGGCAGUUUCGAUGUUACCACCAUCAUCGAUCGCAUACCAAAUCAACUGCGUGCCUUCAAUAUACCAUCGAAGGUGCCGGUGAAUAUGAUGGUUCAGCGUACGGUGUCCGAUUUUCUCGGCGAUGUGGUGCGUGAGUUGCCGCGGGCACGUAUCGCCAGCUUAAUGGCGCGCAAAGUGCAGGCGGGCGGCGAAUUUUCACAGCUGUAUCGUACCGUGCGCAGCGAGGAGUUCGGCAGCUUGUUGCAGAAAACGAGGAAAUCCUCCAAUCUGGCCGCACCCAUUCUUAUCUUCCAAGAAACAAUAAAGUAUCUGGUCAGCGAUGUGCAAUAACAGUUAAUUUAUUCAAAUAUAAAAAAGUUGUUUCAUAAAGAAAUCUAA